GGACCACUGCAUUACAAAAUUGAAUCCUUUUCUAAACUGCUUGAUCUGAGUUCUGCCGAUUUGUGAAGUGUGUUAGCCACUUUUGACUUUUAGGCUCUCCUUUAAAUUUAAUUUGAUAGAGCAUCACCAUGUCAGUGGCGUUUGCGCCUCACAGGCCGCGCGGGAAGGGUGACAUAACACCCGCCGGAAUACAAAAGUUACUUGACGAAAACAACCAGCUGAUCCAGUGUAUAAUGGACUUCCAAAGUAAAGGCAAAACAGCAGAAUGUUCACAGUAUCAACAGAUGCUGCACAGAAAUUUAGUGUACCUGGCCACGAUAGCAGACUCCAAUCAGAACAUGCAGUCUCUUCUCCCUGCUCCGCCCACUCAAAACAUGCCCAUGGGCCCUGGUGGGAUGAACCAGAGUGGACCCCCACCUCAGCCUCCUCACGGUCACAACAUGCCCUCUGAGGGUAUGGUCAGCGGUGGCCCUCCAGCCCCACACAUGCAGAACCAGAUGAAUGGACAGAUGCCUGGGCCUAAUCACAUGCCCAUGCAAGGCCCCGGUCCAGGCCCCAACCAGCCCCCAAACAUGCCCAGUGGCUCUAUGAAUAUGCCUCCCAGCGGCCAUGGCUCGAUGGGUGGUUACAAUCACGCCGUCCCUUCUUCCCAGGGCAUACCAGCUCAGAGCCAAAUGAACAUAACCCAGGGCCAGCCCAUGGGAAACUAUGGGCCACGGCCAAACAUGAACAUGCAGCCCACUCAAGGCCCCAUAAUGCACCAGCAGCCUCCCUCUCAGCAGUAUAACAUGCCUCCUGGUGGUGGUGCACAGCACUACCAAGGACAACAGAACCCAAUGGGCAUGAUGGGCCAGGUCAACCAAGGGAACCAUGUCAUGGGGCAGAGGCCAAUGCCGCCCUACAGACCCCCACAGCAAGGACCCCCUCAGCAGUACCCAGGGCAAGAAGACUACUAUGGCGACCAGUACAGUCACGCAGGACAGGGAGCCUCAGAAGGUAAUGCCCAGUAUGGCCAACAGCAGGAAGCGUACCAGCAAGGCCCUCCCCAGCAGCAGGGCUACCCUCCUCAACAGCAGUAUCCGGGUCAACAGGGCUACCCACCACAGCAGCAGGGCUAUGGUCCUACCCAAAGUGCCCCAGGACAGUAUCCCAACUAUCCUCAGGGGCAGGGACAGCAGUACGGGGGCUAUCGCCCUCCUCAACCUGGAGCCCCACAGGUCCAGCAGCAACGCCCUUACGGCUAUGACCAGGUGAGUAUACCCACAACACCGGACAGUCACAGCGACUAGUCCAUACAUCGGUCUUAGUUUGUCCCCUAUUCAGUUUAUGACUAAGUGUAUAUUUUGUGUAGUGACACCAAUAUGAGUGAAGUUAGAAUGUAAAUAUUAAAAGGGAGUAUGUUUUGCAUGCUGACAUGCUGGCAAAUUGGGGGGGUAAAUCUGUUCUUUCCAAAAGAGUGUAUGUGUUACUAUAUUGUCUUUUCACUUAUAUGGCUACGAAGGUAAAAUAAAUAAAUUUAGUGAAAUAUGAGGGCUUUAUGAGGAUUCUUCCUGAAACGUGAUGCAGACCGCUGUAGUGUUUAAAAAGGGAGAUCUAUUUGUUGCCCUGCAUUUCCUGUGGUCUUAUGUGGGGACCACAGCUACACUUUGAUAUCUUUAUCUUUGAAUAUUCAGGGGCACAUCAGGAAAUAAAGACCCGGGGAUUUGAACCCCUGACUAGCUCUGUAAGAAGCAAAGGUAAUGGUUGCUGUGAAGACCUCAACGUCCAAUCUAGACGUUUGACCACCUAGCCUUAAUUUGCAUUUGUUUUGAUUCUUCUGUCUCUCCUUUGUCUUUAUCUCUCUUCCAUCUUUCUCUUUUUUGUUAUUUAAUGAUUUUUUUAUUAAAGUCUUUGGUACUAUCUUUAUAUUUUGUUAUCAACCAGGGGUCGAAUUGUAAGUUAUGAGGUCCAGAAACACAGCAUGCUUUAGUCUGCAGUGAGGCAGCCAAAAGCUUAGUGCUUUGGCUGGGUCAUUAAUCUCUUCAUUUUCCUUUACUGGUUUUGAUAAUUUCACUAUUGUGCUGAUGAGAACGCCAGAUAUAUUUGAAUUGAAAUGUUUUGUAUAUCGGGAUUGUCGGAUCAAAAGUUUGUGUAUCAAAAUUUGUGUCCAUUGUAUUUUGCCUCCAUGCCAAACACAUACUUCGACCCCUGUUUAGAACUGCAUCAACUGCUUUUGUCGCACUUGAAACAAGUGUCUGCUAUUUAAUAUGGAAUAUCUUGUGUCCUCAGCCAUGUUGCUGCUGAAACCUCAGGUAUAAACUUAGAAUAUAAGAGCUCUCAAGUUGUGAGGCUAUGCUGCCACCUGCUGGUCAAUACCAGCACAUGCAGCCAUAAAUCAUGGUUGGCAUUAUGAUGCGGCACAAACCCCAGAUGUUUGUUUGCACCCUAUCGGGAUUGCGUGAAUAACAGCUUUGACUGUGCGUUCUUCGAGAAGGUUCAGUAACACCGAGUCUGUCACAUUUCUCCCCACAGGGCCAGUAUGGGAAUUACCAGCAAUGAGAGAUGGUCACAGCAACCCACACAGCUCCGUUAUGAUCUGUCUGAGCUUUGACCUCUGGUCAAAUGCUAAGCAGACCUAAAUGAUGGUUGUAGCUCACGGAGAUUCUCAGACAAGAACAUGCAACACUCAAACAUACAAGAUACGUCCCCCCCUCCCUCCCUUCUCUUUGGGCUCUGAUCCUCGCCUAUAAAAAUGUAUUCUGUUUAUCAUGUACAUUGGCCCUCACCCAGUAGGUCUCAAAGCAGCAAUGCCUUAAAAGUGGAACAGCCUUAUCCUCUGGCAUUGCAGAUUGUGAAGCGGGCUAACACAACUUUGGAUAUCAGAGAUGAUUAAAAUGUACAGUUUCAGUCUACUGUGGUGCAUUGUUUCUCGAUCCUUCAGCUCCUUGUUCAUGAGAAGCAAUAAUGCCAGCACUAGGGAAAUGUGUGGGGUCUUGGAGAUGAAAUAAUGCACCAGAUGAACUUCCGGCUAGGCCAUGGUACGUGUCUUGAUGUAUGUGAUGAUGUAAAAAUAUAUUUUAUGCUUUUUAGAUCAAGCUAACUUUGUAUAAGACAUUGGAAACUAGUACUUUAGCUGUGUUGUUUAUUUCAUGAAG